AUGGGUGAUUCGGAUCUAGAGGCCAUUAGGCAGGCACGACGCCAAGAGCUGCAGUCCCAGCAAGGAGGCGGCGGUGGCCGAGCUGGUGGACAGCAGGAUGAGCAGAAGAAUCGCGAAGCAGAAGUCCGAGCAUCCAUCUUAUCGCAAAUCCUUGAGCCAGCAGCGGCAGAUCGUCUAGGACGUAUACGCAUGGUCAACGCGCCUCGCGCCGAGGAUGUCGAAAGCAGACUCAUCAUGCUGGCACGAUCAGGUCAGCUACGAGGACGAGUGUCGGAGACACAGCUCAAGGAUAUCUUGGGUGCAUUGAACGAACAGCAACAGGAAGUGGAGAAGGUCACAGUGCAAAGGCGGAAAGGCGGCUGGGACGAUGAUGACCUGGACGAUUUAUUGCGGGAGGACGACUGA